AUGUUUAGGUUACCGGUUCCAACUGCGCAAGCUGCCAAAAUCUUCUCCUUGUUGGAUGAGGAUGUAUGGGAUGAGGACUCGUUGCGUGUUCUGCGUGAGCACGUGGCGGAGAAAACCAUGGACGGAACAGAAGCGUCACAGGGUAGGAGAGCCACCCAGGACUUCACAGACAUGCCCCGUUUCUUGCCCGAUAGUGUUUGGCAGGUGCUUUUGAACGAAAAGGUUUCUGGACAGGAAGGUUUGGAGGUGCUUUGUCAUCAUGCAGCGAAGUUGGGAUUGCGACUACCAUCGGAAGCUACCAUUGCUAUGCUCUUGACCUUGUCUUACCAAGGUCAAGCAUUGGCCAUGUCUAGCAAUGCUAAGUUCAAUCUGUCCGUGAGGCAGAAGCCACUCAUCAGAAAGAUACUCCAAGCCAAGAGUCGGCCCGCGGUCUGGUUGACUGCGCUGCCGGAAGCAUGGACAGAUCUCCCGGCUAUGUGCAGGGAACUGGCCUUCCCCGAGGGCGUGCAACCGGCCCCCACUCCGAUUGGAAGUCUGGAUUUUGGAGCCAUGGCCAAAGCCCGGCCCAUGCGCAACACGAACCGUUUGCUGCGCGCGGACGAAUCUGCUGGCUCGGGGAGUGCAUCGACUUGCGCGAACACAAUGGCGUCCAUGGACAGACUGGUGGAUGCAGUGGCGUCCACUGCGAAGUUAGCCUACGCGGCUGCAGCCAUGCACCAAGCGCCAGAACCUCAACGGGUUCUCACGCAGGCAUCCGUUGCGCAAGCCCAGCAGACCCCACUGGCGCUCGAAGACCUGCCACGGGCGGAUGUGGAAACACACACUGUAGGAGCGGCUAUAGCAGAUCCACCAGCAACGGCUGCUGCUACAUCAGUGCAGGAGAAGCUGCGUGAUUUGCGUACAGGGAUGGGAAACCACUGCGCGUAA